AUGAACCUGGUUGGUAACUUGGCUCCUAUCACAAGGUUUGGCUUAGUUAACAUGUCAGCAACAGCAGAUCACUUCAUUUAUUUUGCUUUUGGAAGCAACUUGUUGAAGGAGAGACUCCAGCUGGCGAACCCCUCGGCUAUAUUUCAUUGCACCGGUCGACUGAAGGUAAUCAGGUCCGCAGCGCCCCCAGUAGGCAAACUACGUUUAGUUUGGAUUUUUCGGACUCUUCUGAUGUAGCUAGUAGGAGAUAACCAACAAGUAACACAGCGUUCUUUCAUGGCAUUCAAUAGCCCAACCGGCCGCAUGAUAACGCUAUAAUUCUACGCCCUAGGGUUCUCGGCGCUAGGAGUUGAAUUACAUGGAGCACAUUAAUUUCCUCCAGUCUAUAUAAAGAAUAGAAUGACCUCGAAUAGAAAAUGAAUACUAUUGUCCUCACUUACACAGCAAAAAGGUGUCUGUCACUGGGGUCACACAGUAGGCUAUGUGACACAUCCAAAAAUGCAUUGUCAUAGUAUUCUAACAGGGUCUAGCUUUCUCUUUCCCAUCUCUCCUCCCCCAAACCUCCCCAGCAGGACUACACAUUGAACUUUGGUCUGUGGGGGGAGCACAUUGACAACCGUUGGCAUGGCGGAGUAGCAACCAUCGAGCAGAAAGAGGGGGGAGAGGUGUGGGGGGUGGUCUGGCGGAUGAGCAACGACCACCUAGCCAGCCUGGACCAGUGAGUCACACACACAUCAGUGAGUCAUCUGAUGGCAACGUACAUUCUAUGGUCCAGCCUGUACUUCAUCUCAUCUCUCAAUUUUGUGUGUGUGUGUGCGUACGUGUAGGCAGGAGGGGGUGGACAGGGGUAUGUACUUCCCCCUAGAGGUGACAGUGGAGACGGAUGAUGGGGCACUACUCUGUAGAACAUACCAGAUGAACCGCUUCCACGCCUGUCCCCCCUCGCCACAAUACAAACAGGUACACACACAUUGGACACACACGCCUGUUUUCCCUCACCACAAUACAAACCGGUACACACACAAACCUGCCCCCCUCCAAGCAGUACAAGCAAGUGAAAGGAAAUAACGUGUAUGUGUGUGUGUAGGUGGUGUGUUUAGGAGCCCAGCAGAACGGUCUACCAGUGCAGUACGUGAGGAGACUAGAGGAGGUUCAGACCAACAACUACAGCGGCCCUUCUAUCCUGGACCAGAUCUCACAGGUCAUUAAGUAAUUCUGAUAUUUUUUUCCACUAAUUGGUCUUUUGAUUUGGUAUUUUGACCAAUCAGAUCAGCUCUGAAAAGAUAUUUGAUGUGAAAAGAUCUGAUGUGAUUGGUCAAAAGACCAACUAGUGGAAAAAAUAUCAGAAUUGGGCUGCCUGUGUAAACGAAGCCAGAGUGCGUCUGAAAUGACACACUAUUGGGCUCUGGUCAAAAGAAGUGCACUAUAUAGGGUGCCUUUUCGGACAAACACACAGACAGACAUCAUAAAGACUGAUAUGCAUGUGAUGUGGCUUUGGAGAGAUUUGAUGAUGAAUGGUUCAAUUGAAAUGCAAUGGGGCCUUUGGAGAAAUGGGAGACAUUGUAAUGUAUUUAAUAGACGUAUACUGCAUGAAAUCAGUUACUUCUGAAAUCAAUUGAUUUGAUGUAAAUUGUUGUCAUUGUUUCUUAAACCUCUGAAGGAUCUCUGCUCCCUAAACUGUAUCUGGUACAAUUGUCUUUUCAACAAAGUGAUUUUGUAGUCAUUAAUGACGUUGAACAUACAACUAUGUAUAUACAGAAUUAUCACCAUAGUGUCACAGUACAGAUUCUGGAGUUGAUUUGUGCUUUAGUUUUGACUUAAUUCAACAAAUAAACUUGUGCAAAAUAUACAUAUCACAAAGAUGCUUGAGUAAAUAAAAGGUGUUUUAAAUCAAACGUACAUUUUUUUUGCUGUAUGCUACCUUUUUUAAUUGAUUUUACACAACCACAGAAAAAAGCAAUGAAUCAACAGAAGGUCAACAGAAGAUGUGAUUUCAUAAUUGACAUAAAUGUGUGUAAUUGAGACUCAAAAUUAGCAGCAUGUUUCAGUCACAGCACUUAACAUCUUCUCCAUUCCCUCACUCUGCAGCAGUACAGCUGAUGAUCAACAAACUCAUUAUUACAUUGACAUACUGUAAUACAAAAGCAAUGAACAUAUGCUCCCCCCCAUCCCCAUCCCAAAUGUACCCCUACCCACUAAGCUGGUGUAGAUCUGAGAGGAUUAGGUCGCUGGAGGUGAUGGUCACGCUACCCUGCUCAGACAUUGCAUGCUUCAACCAAUCACUACCCUGCUCAGACGUUGCAUGCUUCAACCAAUGGUUGCGUGCCACGUCAUCGACUGUGCUGUCGGGCACCAGAACUGUUUUAGCAGUCCGCCCACACCAACACUCUCAGAAGACCCAAAACUGGGUCCUGGCCCGUUCUCCACACUUGAAGUCUAUGCCAUAUUAUGGCAAGAACAGCUCAAAUAAGCAAAGAGAAAUGACAGUCCAUCAUUGCUUUAAGACAUGAAGGUCAGUCAAUACGGAACAUUUCAAGAACUUUGAAAGUUUCUUCAAGUGCAGUCGCAAAAACCAUCAAGCGCUAUGAUGAAACUGGCUCUCAUGAGGACUGCCACAGGAAUGGAAGAACCAGAGUUACCUCUGCUGCAGAGGAUAAGUUCAUUAGUUACCAGCCUCAGAAAUGGCAGCCCAAAUAAAUGCUUCACCGAGUUCAAGUCACAGACACCUCUCAACGUCAACUAUUCAGAGGGGACUGUGUGAAUCAGGCCUUCAUGUUCGAAUUGCUGGUAGAAAUGUGUCUUUUGGUCUGGAGUCCAAAUUGGAGAUUUUUGGUUCCAGCCGCCGUGUCUUUGUGAGACGCGGUUUGGGUGAAUGGAUGAUCUCCGCAUGUGUAGUUCCCACCGUAAAGCAUGGAGGAGGAGGUGUUAUGGUGUGGGGGUGCUUUGCUGGUGACACGGUCUGUGAUUUAUUUAGAAUUCAAGGCAUACUUAACCGGCAUGGCUACCACAGCAUUCUGCAGCGAUAUGCCAUCCCAUCUGGUUUGGGCUUAGUGGGACUAUCGUUUGAUUUUCAACAGGACAAUGACCCAACACACCUCCAGGCUGUGUAAGGGAUAUUUACCAAGAAGGAGAGUGAUGGAGUGCUGCAUCAGAUGACCUGGCCUCCACAAUCCCCCGACCUCAACCCAAUUGAGAUGGUUUGGGAUGAGUCGGACAGCAUAGUGAAGGAAAAGCAGCCAACAAGUGCUCAGCAUAUGUGGGAACUCCUUCAAGACUGUUGGAAAAGCAUUCCAGGUGAAGCUGGUUGAGAGAAUGCCAAGAGUGUGCAAAGCUGUCAUCAAGGCAAAGGGUGGCUAUUUGAAGAAUCUCAAAUAUGAAAUAUAUUCUGAUUUGUUUAACUUUUUUUUGGUUCCAUAUGCGUUAUUUCAUAUUUUUGAUGUCUUUACUAUUAUUCUACAAUGUAGAAAAUAGUAAAAAAUAAAGAAAAACCCUUGAAUGAGUAGGUGUGUCCAAACCUUUGACUGGUACUGUAUGCAAUGACUAACAUGACAGAGGAACUGAUGAUGCACUACCCAAUUUCUUAAUUGCACCUUGUGCAUUCUAUUAUUACAACUUUCAAGAGUAAGUUUAAAGCCGGACUGAGACCCCCACGCCCCCCCGGGAACCACUGUGCUAAAUGACUCAACCCCCCAAAAAAAGACAUGUAAGUAUUGUGAUAAUUUCGUAUCGUGAGGUUCCUGGCAAUUCCCAGACCUACAAAACAGUAGGCUAAACUUCACAGGCUUGUGUCACUGGUCAGACGUAGAUAUAGGUCAAGUAGAUUCACAGACCAGCAGGUCAGACGUAGAUCUAGAUUAAGUAGAUUCAUAGGUCAGCAUGUCAUGACGACGUGGAUGAAGUAGAUAGAUGGUAGACAUGCUGUGGGUAUCUGAGCCCUUAGUCCAAGGGGUGCUCUGGACACGAACGAUUCACCUCAAACCACUCAUCUAUACACCUGAGAGAAAGAGAGAGAGAGAGAGAGAGAGCGAGGGGGACUACGAGUAAAGUAACAGCAUCUUACUGUAGUCAGGUAGGUGUGUGUGUGUGCGUAGUUACCCUUUGUGAUAUAUACAGAGACAGGGGAGUCUAGAGAUGGUGUCUCCCUGCUCCAUCUCAUCUAGACAGAUGGCACACUCCCCACUAUCUUUCGCCAGAACGUCCUCUGGGACACAACACAAACAAAUCAAUCAUCAUCAUCCUGACAUACCAUGCUAGCCAAUCAGAAGGCAUCCUGAACCAGCAGGCCAGACAGGCAAACUAACACACACACAAUCACACACUCACCGUUGUAGCGGAGUCGUGAUUUGGUGAGACACAUGAUCAGAUGGAUCUCCAUCACAUCUGAUGCCACAAACGUACUGCACACAGGACAGAGAAAGCCUUGGGAAAAUAGAGCAGGACAUAUCAGCACACACACACUCCAUCCAACCAGCCCUUUUUCUCGGUCUCGCCACAAACUUAGAGUGUGUGUGUGUGUAUAAAUAGGUCAACCAUGUUGUGGUCAUGUCUCUGCAUAAUGACCAAAGGUCAAUUCAUGAUCAUGAUGACAUUCAUGGUUCCUUAAGAAAAGUUUAAUAAGUUACAGACUGAUAGACACUCACUCUCCAGUACAAAACCUAUAUUUGUUUGUGUGUUUGUGUGUGUGUGUAUGAGACACGUGCCAUGAAGGAAGUACGUGCUUAUCUGUGGCCUAAAUGUGCUCCUCUCGCCCCACAAUGUAUUUCACAGGGAGAAAGCACAUUUGUCAUCUAUGUGCUUUCUCCCUGUGACAGGGUUUAGAACAACACACAGUUUCCUUGUUGUGGAAUAAGAUAUCAUGUAGACCAGGGUUUCCCAAACUCGGUCCUGGGGCCCCCUCUGGGUGCACGUUUUGGUUUUCCCCUAGCACUACACAGCUGAUUCAAAUAACCAACUCAUCAUCAAGCUUGGAUUAUUUGAAUCAGCUGUGUAAUGCUAGCGCAAAAACCAAAACAUGCAUCCAGGCGGGAACACACAUCAGGAAACCCUAAUGUAGACAGUCAGGACCAGGAAAACACACACACACACACUUUAGCCUACCUCCCAGUAGGUGAGGGGACAGGUGAAGUGGUAGAGAGCCAAUCAUCAGCCGGUGUUCUCCUCCUCUCUCCCCGUCUCCAUCUGUCUCCGCCAGGUCCAGACUGCUACUUAACACCUCAGAUCUGCUCUGGCCACCAUGGGGUAUACUCAUCCCCGUCUGGUGGACACACACACACACACUGAAUGUCAAGAUACUGGACAUGGACGUGAGUGAAUCACACAGGCAUAACUGACCAGGGUUUUAACCCGUUUGCCACAACACUGUGUUGGCCUCCUGAACUAAAGCUUUGGCAUUGGCUUGGGGAGCUAACACAAAUCUUCAGGUGUCAGGCAGUUACUCAUCAUGCAAGUAUGGUUCCAAACCACUUCCAUUACACACACCUGGUGGUAGGAGCUGGGUCGGGUCCCUCCGAGGUAGUGAAUUCGGGGGCCAUCAGGCCCGGCUGUGUAUCUGAACUCUGGGGUAGUGCUGCUUUCAGAGGGUUCAACAGGGCUAGAAUACGCCCGGGUUCGACUCUGAGCCACAGCGCUACUCUGCCUGACACCCAUGGUGGCUCCUGUCCUAUUCUAACUUCCCAAAGUCCUAUAAGGUCUAUAAAACUGAACAGUCCUAGAAAGUGCUCUUCAAUCUCAUGAAGCCUUUCAAAAGCCCAUCAGGGACAGGUGUUGAAAAUGGCCAUACACAAUGUGCAAAGCUUCAGAUAAUUGUUUAUUGUAUAUAUCAUGUCACUAUUCAAAUAAACCAUAAAUAGCCUAGAAAAAACGCUGAAACUCGAUGUUACAAGAGAGACAGAGAGCGAAGGACAGUGUCCAGUCCAGCAGUUGGGUUAACAGCCAAAACAAAGAGAACAGCCAAAGAAAUAAAAGUGGUUUGAAAAGUCAAAAGUAAGCUCCAAUAUAAUUACGGACUGAUUCUCGACGGACAGAAUUUACUGCCAACUCGCUUCAUUCUCCAUAUCGAAGUUUAUUGGUGCGUCGCGGCAUUAUUCCAAUAUUCCAUCCGCUAUGAUAAUGGUAGGUUUGCCGCACAAUAACUCUUACACCGCGACAGUAGGUCCUACUACUUUAGUGAAUAUGUAUGCACUUUCUCGAUGUUUCUCGACGACUGACUGUCGAAACGAAAGCGGCAUCACUAUGAUCUAUAUCUGCUCUGCUGUAGUCUAGUCUGCUGACUGUGAUUGUUAAUAGGAGCGAAGCAAUCAAUGGUCGAGUUGGUUUUGAAUGGCCCGAUCCCCCGGUUGAGUCGAGAUUUAGCUUAAAGACCAAUGGAAUGGUCUAAAAUGCAGAAACUCCACCCACCUGGGGCACCAGGCCAUGCAAAAGGAUUGCCCUAAUGCCUUCCUCCUCCUGUGUGUUUGUGUGUGUGUGUGUGUGUGUGUGUGUGUGUGUGUGUGUGUGUGUGUGUGUGUGUGUGUGUGCGUGCGUGCAUGCGUGCGUGUGCGUGUGUGCGUGUGUGUAUGCGUGUGUGUGUGUGUGUGAGUGUGUGUGUGUGUGUGCGUGUGUGUGUGUAUGUGUGUGUGUGUGUGUGAGUCAGGUCAAGCGACAUCAAGCCCAUGAACAACAGCAACAGUUGCAUGGACACAGAUUACGCUAUAGACAUAGCAGAUGUUUAGAAAAAGCCAGGCAGUUAUAGAAUUGUCAUAUUUAAUAUAUAUAUGUACAUUAUAUUUGCAUAUCAAAAACCCAGUCAGACUCACUGCUCCCUCCACACGUUUUUUUUUAAUAGAAUACCUUCACACACACUGGAGGACAGAACAUAAAACACACAUUAGCAUGACAGAUAUUCAGUUAAAUAAUGUCAAUAAAAAAUAAUGUUCAUAAGCCAAAGUAAAGACUUAAAACCAUUCGGAGAGAGAGUUCCAUGUAUUGUAGUUGCCAUGUUCAGAGAGAGUAAGAAGUGUAGGCCUAGUUUAGUAAGGUGGAAGACCGCUGCAGGUAGACGUUGCCUGUAGAAACAAAUCUAGGAACAGUUUACUUUCCCCAAUCCCAAUAAGGGGGAAAAAUUACCUUGGAUCAGUGUCUAGACACAACUUCAUCCUACUCCUUGAGGUCCGCGGGGAUAGUAAAAGCGUAGCAGUGCACUGAUGGUGGUGACAGACACACAUACAAAACACACACAAAUACACACACACACACACACACACGCACGCAAUAUGAAAUAAACACACAGAUACAGCAGCUUUUGGCCAACUUCACAGCAGUACAUAAGGGACAGUUUCUACCAUAGGAUUACAUUUCUGCUCUAUUCCUCCCUCUACUUUCACGGCUAACAUUGUUACAAGGUCACAACAAUGUGCUGGUUUGGCUAGCAUUGUGUGGUACAGUGGAUGGUUACAGUCAGGUGUAACAUGGUUGACAGUGACAGUGCUCUGCUACGUCUUGGUGGCCUGGCUGGGGAGGGAGGGAGGGGAGUAAGUUGUUGGUGCUAGACUAGUUGAUUGUUUGUCUUUAGGUGGAGAUGCUGAGCAGGGUUGGAGAGUGUUGUGUUUAUCAGCCUAGAACCAGCAUGGUAGUGGUUAGUAAUAGUAACUAUAGUAAUGUUGUAGCCUACUGUAUGCAUGACUGUCUGUUGUGAUUGCUAAUAAUAAUCAUGUUGUAUGGCAUGGCUGUGUGUGCGUGUGUGUGUGUGUGUGUCUGUGACAUUAGAAGGAGUGCAAUAUCUGGAGAGCAAAGCUUUUGAUAAGUUAAAGAACGCAAUGGUACAUUUCAGCAGGCUGUCCUGUGUGUGUGUGUGUCUGUGUACAUUAUGAAUCUGAGUAUACAUUAUGACUUUGUAUAGUCGCUACAGGGUCGUUGGGCCUGUGUAUUGAUGCAGGGGAUGAGACCAGAGGCGUGGGUAGUUAUUGUGGCCCAGCCGGACACCUCUUCUGUAGGCAUCACUGCUGGCUGACUCCCAUCUGCUGGUGGUCCGGCUCUGGUUCGUCCUCCACGCCUGCAUGGUACUGCUCAAAUGUCUCAUCAUCUAUGUC